AUGGCUACCAGUGUUGUUAAGAAGCGGAAGUACAAUGAUGAAUACAUUAACUACGGAUUUAUAUCAAUUCUUGCUGAUGGCAUCGAGAAACCUCAGCGUGAAUUGUGUUUCAAAGUGCUGGGGAACGAUUCCAUGAGGCCUAGUAAGCUGAAGCAUCAUCUGACGACUCUCCACCACCAGUGUGCGCAGAGAGACACCGAUUUCUUCAAGAGCCAUGAAAGGAGUUUGGGAAAACAGAGACUGGAUGAGAGUGUUGCCUUCCAACAACAGAACUUAAGUGUGGUUGAAGCAUCAUAUGAGGUUUCCAUUGAAACAGCAAAGAAGAAGAAGGCCCACACGAUUGGUGAAACUUUAAUUAAGCCGUGUGCUUUAAAGAUGGUCAUGCGGGUUCUCGGAGAGGCAAGUGAACGUAAGAUUCAGCAGAUUUCCUUGUCAGACGACACGGUGAAACGGAGAAUUAGUGAAAUGUCAGAUGAUAUCAUAACCUCUGUAGAGGCAUGGAUUCAGAGCAUGAAACCCUCCUCUUUUACUCCAAAGUGCGAUGGCUUUCCCAGGAACUGGCAAAGGAAAAUCAGUGCAGGAAAUGUUGCCAUGUUUGAGAAUCUCUCAGCGGUUCUUGACGAGAUUGAAGAGGAUCAUCUACUUGACCCAUCACUCAAAAAUGAAAUAAUUCAGCACUUGAAAUCCUUGGAAAGUGAGCUCAAAAGGUACUUCCCAGAAUUCGAGGAGGAAGAUGGGAAAUUGGUGAGGAAUCCUUUCUCUGGCACUCUUGAUAUAACUGCCAUUCCCGACGAUGUUCAGGACGAAUUCCUUGAUCUCAGGAACGAUUCUGCUACCAGAGACCUCUAUGAAGAAAAAUCUCUGACUUUAUUCUGA